GGUGGACCUUUAACACUCAGAUCCGCCCACCUGUUCAUGUCAUUGUGUGACACAUGAUGUAGCCCACGAUUUGAGUUUAAAAACGUUAAGACAUUUAAAAAUGAACUCAUUUCGACACUCCACAAGCAAGGGGGGGGGCAACCCCGUACAGUGUCUCACACGCGUAGGGCUGCGAGUUUAAAUGAACCUGGAAACAAAUGAAAAUAAAUGCGUUUCCAGCCGGUGCUCGACUACAGAGGGAACAUGCUGGACCUGUCAUGUAUCCUAACCUCAGUACUGCCUUGCGUCUGCUUUUGACUGUGCCUGUCACAGUAGCGUCAGGCGAGAGAAGCUGGUCUUGCUGGAACAUGAAAUUAAUCAGAAAAGAGUUACGUUCCUACAAUGCUGCAGGAGCGUUUGACUAGACUAGGACAGAUACCGAUCGGGCACCAGAUUGGCCAAAAACUGGAUUAUUCAGCUUCAAUUGCAGGCUUUUUUUUGUGAUUGCUGCGGUAAAAUGCAAUACCAUAAUAGUGUCGUUGUUGCACUGUUUGAAAGCUAUGGUAUCGUGGCGCAGUAUUACUGGUAAGAACAGGGAAGGGGCCCCUGAAUCGAGCUUUGCAUGGGGCCACUGCUGGUGUGGAUGUCACAUGCUUUUACAUGUGACUAGUUGUUUGAUCCUCAGGGUAAAAAUAAUGAUUUAACAUCCUCUGUAGUUCUAAAAUGAAAAGUGAUGUUAAACCCUAUUCAAUGUGGCAUGAAUCAGACGCGCUUGUCAUUUCCUUGCGUGUUUGCUUAUUGCAGAUUUCUGUUGUUUUUCUCUCCCAAUAGUAUGUCAUCUUAUUCCCGGAUGACUCAUUAGUUUUGCUUUUCAAGAAUGUGAAUAUUUACAAUAGGCCUUUGCACGUAUGAAAGAACCAAGUAAUAGACCGAAUAUUACCAGCACGACUGGGAGUAUCGGUUUCCAACUGGUCGUACAGCUCAUCCCAGUUCAAGAGCUGGUCAAACUGGUUCAAGAAAAACAAACAGUUCCUUUAAAUUCUUGUUAUUGUUCUGUCAAGUGGUUGUUUUCUAUAUGCCAUUGCAUUCUACAGAUAUGAUUGGCAAUGUCAGGGUCUGCUAUAUUUACAUUACAGAUCUGUGCGUAACCUUCUGUCUUGGAGAUUGCCAGCUAAUUUCAAUUUAAUGCGUUUAUUGGCUGAUAUCGGUGAUCGCUCAUGGAUGAUCUCUCUCAAGACGCUUACAGUAUGUUUUUGAGAGAAGGGUUUUGGCAGCCGUUUGCAGCUCCCGCCCCAUGAAAGGAUCAUGAUGCAACGUUAAGGUUUCCGUGCCUGGCAACGAUUACAGAGAGCGUUAAACUGUCAGAAAAGAGCCCUCCGCUUCAUGACAGAUGUGCAUCUGGUUGCAAUGAAGGAGUGUUGCGAAUGUUUUCCAUCUGUAAAAUAAGAGAGGAGAAAUGCUCUAGCUAUACACCUUAGUGCCAUGUUAACAGCGCCUCCCUGCACAGCUGCGGGGGUGUCUGUACUGUUGUCUAAACGGGACACGCGUUAAACCGUUCACAUCGUGUGCUCUCCAGUCCACAGAACAUACAGCUGGCAGUCAGGACUGCGAAAGGAAAUUCAGGAUGAGAGGGUUCUUUCUUCUGCUGCUUCUCGUCUCCCUUUCAGAUUCCUCAUGGGGGAAGAAGUUCAGGUGGUGCACGGUGUCCGAGAGAGAGCAGAGGAAGUGUGCCGAGCUGUCCAAGGCCCUGGUAGCAGUGCUCCCUCCCGCAGCCAUCAAUGCGUUCGCCAGGCUCUCCUGCAUAAAGGCACACAGCACGGCCGACUGCAUCAGCAAGAUAAGGGCUAACCAAGCCGACGCGAUCACCCUGGAUGCUGGAGACGUGUACACCGCAGUCAAGCAGUUCAACCUGGUCAUGGUGGCAAAGGAGCUCUACCCAGAUGGGGGUUGUGUGUUCGCCGUGGCGGUGGUCCGCAAUCAGAGCCUGGAUAUCCGCAGCCUGCACAAGACCAGGAGCUGCCACAGCGGGGCCCGCUCCACUGCCGGCUGGAACCUGCCCAUGGGCUUCCUGCUGUCCAAAAACUACCUGCAGUGGUACGAGGAGCAGCCCCUGAGCGAAGCGAUCAGCUCCUUCUUCAGUGCUAGUUGUAUCCCUGGAGCUGCCUCGCUGGCCCCCGAGCUGUGCACGCUCUGCCAGGGACAGAAGUCCUACACCCGGGACAAGAACUACUUCUGCGAGGCAAGCGAGAACGAGCCCUUCUACGAUUCGGAGGGGGCCUUCAGAUGUUUGAAAAGGGGCAAGGCUGACGUUGCCUUUUUAGACCACACAGCUAUACUCCAUAUUGAUGAGUCGGAGAAGGAGAGCUACAGGCUGCUCUGUGCUGACGGGUCCAGAGCAGAGCUGGCAGACUUCAGGAGGUGCAACCUGGGCCGGGGUCCUGGAAGAGCCGUGGUGACGAGACAUAACUACAGGAAGAUCGCACGCAAGUUCCUGACCGUCGCACAGCGGCUGUUCGGGCGCCGGGGGCGCAAGGGCCAGCGGUUCCAGCUGUUUGAGUCGUCGGCACUGGGAGGGAGGAACCUGAUGUUCCGGGACGUAACGGAGAAGCUGCUGAUCCUCUCCGACGAGGUGGACAUCAACCAGAUCCUGGGGCUGGACUACGUGGCCCUGCUGAAAGGACUCGGACACGAAGGGAGCUCCAUGGACAACAGCGUGGUCCGCUGGUGCUGCAUCAGCGUCGGCGAGCAGAAGAAGUGCGAGGAGUGGGCUCUGAACAUCAAAUCUGACCCCCUGGUGUGCGUCAGAGCCGUUUCCAUGAGCGACUGCAUUGAGAAGAUCAAGAGAGAUGAGGUGGACGCGGUCUCUCUGGAUGCCAGUCAUGUCUACAUCGCUGGGAAGUGUGGUCUGGUCCCAGUGGCAGCAGAGUAUUACGGGGAAACGUGUGUACCAGCAGCUGGUGGGACGAAAGGAUCUGCUCAUUACGAAACCGAAGUGCUGCCCCCUGUCUACGCGGUGGCUGUGGUGAAGAAGUCGUCCGGGAACGUGUACUUCGGCAAUCUCUCCGGGCGCCGGUCCUGCCACAGCCAGAUCUACAGCCCCGCGGGCUGGCUGCUCCCCGCCAACCACACCAUCCGAGCCAACGGCAACCAGAGCUCCCACCGCGACUUCAACACAGCGUACAGGGAGUAUUUCUGGAAGGGGUGCAUGCCUGGAGCGCGUGGGAGUCUCUGCAAGGUUUGUAUUGGUGGAGACGAGGACCUGGGAGCCAAACCGUCCAAUCAGAGAUGUGCAGCCAACCAUAAUGAGCGUUACUACGGCAACAUGGGGUCCUUGAGGUGUUUAGUUGGGGAUCCAAGCGGGAAGAGUUUUGGAGACGUGGCCUUCCUGGAACAGCACAGCCUGCUGGAUAACAUUGAGAAUCUGGAGCGGAGCGGCUGGUCGAGUGGCUGGACGGCCCAGGACUUGGAGCUGCUGUGCCCCGGCGGUCAUCGCGUCCCCCUGGCACAGUGGCGGGAGUGUCACCUCGGCGCUGUGCCCCCCAGCGUGGUGAUGACACGCCCCGUCCUCACCACCAAGAUCUACGACUUCCUCAUGAAGUCCCAGGAAACCUUGGAAGCAAACCCAGACUCAGACUUCCAGUUGUUUGAGUCCCAGAAGUACGGAGAGAGUGACUUGCUUUUCAAAGACCUGACUGAGUGCUUGGUCCACACCAGUCACCUGGACCAUCGGGCUAUACUGGGAGAGGAGUUCUACCAGUUAGUUGAGGCAGCCUUCAACUCCACACAAGCAGAUAUUCUGCAGUUCUGCAAACAGGAUGUCUGCAGCAUCUACUGACCUCCUUGCAGCAUGAAGAGGCUCUGCAUCACUAAAGAGUCAAAUCCUAUCGCUCAGCAAUACAAACUUUGUAAUCAAACUGGUUUUACUAAUGCAUUCUCCGGAGAGAGCAGACCAGGGUGUCCAAGGCAGCUACACGUGGCAGAGGCGUUUGGGAAGACUGGUAAAUUGUCACGUUCGUUGUGCAGGAACCAUUCUGUAUAAAUGAGAUUGUAAAGGGCUCUCAGUAUUGGGUGCUUCUGCUUGUUUCAAUGGAUCUUGGGAACGUUUUCAGUAUUAAACAGAAGAAAGGUUAAGACGCUUUGACUAAACAGAUUUCAAUGUAAAAGUAAACUAUAAAUCACGA